AUGGCAAAGACAAAGCACACCCUCUCCGUCAACAUCCCCGAAAUGGAUUCUCAGCAUGAAGAGCUGUACGAUGCAGUGAUUGCCUUGAAGCAGUCUUCAAGCUGUGUUGAGGAUCUGGGACACAUUAUCGAUGCAGUGGACGCCCAUUUUAAGGCGGAGGAAGCUUUGUUCGAAGAGUACAAGAUACCGAAUGUAAUCACUCAUCGAAGCGAGCAUAAUCGUUUCCUAGCCACACUGCGGAAGAAGCACGCCGAGUUAGCGGCCAGACAUGAAGCCAAGGAAGACCUCUCAGAAGAAAUCCGGCUUCUGGUGGAGACGGGGAUCCGGUGGCUAGACAUACACACGAAAGCCUACGACGCUCCGCAGUACGGGACGUUCUUCAAGGAGGGUCAGUACAUUGGUAAUUGA